UGUGUGCAGUAAGACCCUGUGCUGUGGCACCGUGGGCCAGGCAUGGGGUCAUUCAUGUGAGCUGUGCCCACUUCUCAGCUUGCCCUGCAGCAGAGGAUUCACCCCAAACACUCGGACAGGAGUGUGCCAAGAUGUUGAUGAAUGUAAGUAUAUACCUGAUCUGUGUAAAGGAGGCAGAUGUAUAAACACAGCAGGUUCGUAUCAGUGCAGAUGUACGGUGGGAUAUCAUCAGGAUAUGACUUCACUCAUGUGUCAGGAUGUGGAUGAAUGUUCCAGUGUUAAUCCUGGUGUAUGUGAUGGAGGAUACUGCAUUAAUACACCAGGCAGUUACUCAUGUGUGUGUCCCGCUGGAUAUCUUCUGUCUACAGACCGGACACGCUGCCUUGAUCCACACGCUGGCAUCUGCUUCACGUCUGUGGUUCAUGGACGUUGUGUUCAGGAGCUGAGUGGACGCUUCAGUCGAACCCAAUGCUGCUGUGACCACGGCCGCUGCUGGAGUCAUGAGAAAUGUCCUGUACCAGGAUCAGAUGAAUACUUCAGAAUGUGUCUGGUGGGCUCUGCUCUCACAGGAUAUAAUGAAGAAGAUCCUGAUCUGAGUCUUCAUUCAUUGGACAAUGAACAAAAAACACCUCCGGUUCAUGAGAUUCCUCAUAUGCCUCAAAUUCUCCAUCAGGAACAGAGACCAGAGCGACCUCUCUUCAGUAUGAAUGAUACAGUGAACAGAUGCCGUCUUUUUCCUAACCUGUGUCUGAAUGGACGCUGUGUACCUGUGGGUUCAGCCUACCGCUGUGACUGUAACAUUGGAUACAGAGAAAACCACAGGGGAGAAUGUUCAGAUGUGGAUGAGUGUGCAUCUGAUCCCUGUACUAAUGGAAACUGUGUGAACACACUGGGCUCUUAUCACUGCACCUGUCACGUCGGCUACAUCAGAGCUCCAGACAAACACAUCUGCAUUGACAAUGAUGAGUGUCUUCAGAAUGCAGUGCUUUGUAAGAACGGACGCUGUGUGAACACCGAAGGAAGUUUUCAAUGCAUCUGUAAUGCAGGAUUCAAUCUCUCACCUGAUGAGAGAAACUGUGUGGAUCAUGAUGAAUGUGCCAGCACAAACAUGUGUCUCAAUGGGAUGUGCAUCAAUGAAGAUGGCAGCUUUAAGUGUUUGUGUAAACCUGGAUUUACCCUAAAUCCUAGUGGACAAUACUGUACAGAUAUGGAUGAGUGUCAGACUCCAGGUGUGUGUAUAAACGGACGCUGUGUGAACACUGAAGGCUCUUUCAGGUGUGAUUGUUCUGCAGGUCUUACUGUAGGACUAGAUGGACGCACCUGUGUAGACACACACGUGCGCAGCAGCUGUUAUGGAGCUAUUAAAAGAGGUUUGUGUUUUCGACCCUUGCAGCGAGCUGUUACUAAAUCCCAGUGUUGCUGUGCCAGCACUGAAUAUGCCUUCGGUGAGCCGUGCCGUCCCUGCCCUGCCAGAAACUCAGCUGAGUUUCAGGCAUUGUGUGCGGCUGGUGUUGGAUUUUCUGCUGAUGGAACAGACAUUAAUGAGUGUAUUCUGGAUCCUGAUGUCUGCUCUAAUGGACUGUGUGAAAAUCUCAGAGGAAGCUUUCGUUGUGUUUGCAACAUCGGAUAUGAAAGCGAUCAGAACGGAAAGAGCUGUCUGGAUAUUGAUGAAUGUGUUGUGAACAGUCGUCUGUGUGAUAACGGUCUUUGCCGAAAUGUUCCUGGCAGUUAUAGCUGCUCUUGUCCCUCUGGAUUCACCUUCAGACGUGAUACAGAGACGUGUGAGGAUGUGAAUGAGUGUGUGAGGUCUCCAUGUGUUAAUGGCGUUUGUAAGAACAGUGCCGGAUCUUUCACCUGUCAGUGCUCACUGGGAAGUAAACUGGACUCAACUGGACUCAUAUGUGUCGACACUAUGAAGGGCUCUUGCUGGUUAACUCUCCAGGACGGUCAUUGUGAAGUCAAUGUUAAUGCAGACACGCUGAGAUCUGAAUGUUGUGCUACACUGGGAUCGGCUUGGGGCAGUCCAUGUGAACCAUGCCAAACCGAUCCUGUAUGUGAAAAAGGAUUUGCUCGACCAAAAGGCUCCAUAUGUGAAGAUGUGAAUGAGUGUGAAGUGUUUCCCGGUGUGUGUCGUGAUGGUUAUUGUAUAAACACCAGAGGAUCUUUUGAGUGUCAGUGUUCUGAUGGUUUGGUGUUAGAUGUUACGAGACGUCUCUGUGUGGACAUUCGUUCAGAGUCCUGUUACAUGACAUACGAUGAAGAUGCGUGUACGCAGCCGGUCCCUGGACGUUUUCGUAUGGAUGUGUGUUGUUGUACGGUGGGGUUGGCCUGGGGUAAAGACUGUGAGUUAUGUCCAGAGCCCGGCACAAAACGGUAUAGCGCUCUGUGUCCGAGAGGACCGGGAUUUGCUAACAAAGGGGAAGUGCUCACCAACAGACCUGUCUAUAAAGACAUCAAUGAGUGUAAAGUGUUCAGCAGCAUCUGUACUUAUGGAAAAUGCCGGAAUACCGUGGGAAGCUUCCGAUGUCGUUGUGACAGUGGGUUUGCGCUGGAUAUGAAUGAACGAAACUGCACGGAUAUUGAUGAGUGUAUUAUUUCCCCUGAUGUGUGCGCUCAUGGGACGUGUGUUAACACACUGGGCAGUUUUCAAUGUGAAUGUUUUCCCGGCUAUGAGAGUGGAUUUAUGAUGAUGAAGAACUGCGUAGAUAUUGAUGAAUGUGAGCGAGACCCUUCUCUCUGCAGUGGAGGUGUUUGUGAAAACACUGAUGGUGGCUUUCAGUGUUUGUGUCCAGCUGGUCUUCAUCUGUCUGUUGACGGCAGCGUCUGUGAAGAUAUAAAUGAGUGUGAGUCCAAUCCAACACUGUGUCAUAAUGGCAGAUGUGUGAAUAUAAUGGGGACGUACCAGUGUACCUGUAGCUCCGGUUACCAAACAACACCUGACAGAAAAGAUUGCACAGAUAUAGAUGAGUGUACUAUAGAGAACGGAGGAUGUGAGCUGUACUGCAGUAAUACAGAGGGAAGUUAUCUCUGCAGCUGCAGUCAGGGUUACGCACUGACCCCAGAUCAGCGCACAUGUGCAGAUGUGAAUGAAUGUGAAGAAGAUGUUGAUAUCUGUGAAGGUGGUCAGUGCGUUAAUGUUCCUGGAGAAUAUCACUGUCUGUGUUAUGAAGGAUUUAUGGCAUCUUUGGACAUGAAGACGUGUGUCGAUGUGAAUGAGUGUGAAGUCAAGACAAAUAUCUGUAUGUUUGGGGAGUGUGAGAACAUCAAGGGCUCUUUCAUCUGUCAUUGUGAGAUGGGUUACUCGGUAAAGAAAGGAACCUCGGGUUGCACUGAUGUUGAUGAGUGUGAGAUGAACGCUCAUGACUGUGAUACACACGCUUCAUGUGUUAACACUGAAGGACAUUACUACUGUUCCUGUAUAGACGGAUGGUCAGGUGAUGGGCUCACAUGUGCUGAUAUAGAUGAGUGCAUGGAGAGAUCACAAGUCUGCAGUUCAGAUGCUGAAUGUGUGAACACUAUUGGCUCGUACCUCUGUCAGUGUUCACAUGGCUUCACUGGAGAUGGAUUCACCUGCUCAGAUAUGGACGAGUGUGCAGAUGAUGUAGAUCUGUGUGAAAAUGGUCAGUGUUUGAAUGUUCCUGGUGGAUAUCGCUGUGAAUGUGAGAUCGGCUUUACACACACUCCUAACAGCAGAACCUGUCGAGAUAUAGACGAGUGCUCUUUUAAAAACAUCUGUGUGUUCGGCACAUGUCAGAAUAUCCCGGGAAUGUUUCGCUGUAUCUGUGAUGAUGGAUAUGAGCUGGACAGCACAGGUGGAAACUGCACAGAUGUGGAUGAGUGUGUGGAUCCUCUCAGAUGUGUUAAUGGUCAUUGUAAGAACACAGCCGGUUCAUAUCGGUGUAUCUGUCCCACUCACUUUCAGCUUAACCCCACUGGAGUCGGCUGUGUUGACACACGAGCUGAGAGCUGUUUUCUGGAUGCGGCAUCUCGUGGACGCAGCGGGUUGAUGUGCGAUGGUGAGGUGGGCUUUAGAGUCAGCCGUUCGUCGUGUUGUUGUUCCCUGGGACGAGCGUGGGGGAAACCCUGUGAUCUCUGUCCUCAACUCAACACCUCGGAUUAUAACUCACUUUGUCCUGGAGGAGAAGGAUUCAGACCAAACCCCAUCAGUAUCAUCCUGGAAGACAUUGAUGAAUGUCUUGAGCUGCCCGGUCUGUGUCAGGGUGGAGACUGUAUCAAUACCUUUGGCAGUUUUCAUUGUGACUGUCCAAGUGGAUUCUCCCUUAACCCAGACACUCGCUUCUGUGAGGACAUUGAUGAGUGUUUGUUCAGGCCUGAGGUUUGUGGUCCAGGCACCUGCUACAACACAUUGGGCAACUACACAUGUGUCUGUCCACAGGACUACAUACAAGUGAAUGGAGGAAACAGCUGCAUGGAUAUGAGGAAGAGCUUGUGCUAUCGUGAAUAUAAAUCCUCCACCUGUAAACACCAGCUUACCUUUAACACCACACAGAGACUCUGCUGCUGCGCCUACAAUGUGGGCAAAGCCUGGAGUAAACCGUGCCAGUCCUGCCCGAUUCCUGGCACAGGAGGCUUUCGAAGUCUUUGUGGUGGGGUGACUGGUUUCAAGAUUGACUUUGAAACAGGAAAACCGAAAGAUAUUGAUGAAUGUCGUGAAAUCCCUGGCAUCUGUGCUCAUGGUUUGUGUAUCAAUCAUAUCGGCAGUUUCCGCUGUGAAUGUCCCACAGGAUUCAAUUACAAUGACCUGCUGAUCACCUGUGAAGACAUUGAUGAAUGCAGCAGUCUGGGUCGUGUAUGUCAGAGAAAUGCAGACUGCAUCAACAGUCCAGGCAGUUACCAGUGUGAAUGUUCUGAUGGAUAUAUACUCUCACCAAACGGAGCCUGUACUGAUCGUAAUGAGUGUGUGGAGACACCCGGUGUGUGUCAUCAUGGAGAUUGUGUGGACCUUCCAGGAGGAUAUGAAUGUGUCUGUCACAACGGCUUCAUGGCAACACCAAACCGCAGGAUGUGUACAGAUGUGGAUGAGUGUCUACGACAGCCGUGUGGAAACGGCACAUGUAAAAACUCUGUGGGCUCUUUUAACUGUAUCUGCCAUCCUGGAUUUCAGCUCACCCUUAAUAACUACUGUACAGACAUUGAUGAGUGUGAAGUGUUUCAUGGACAGCUGUGCAGGAACGGUCAGUGUGUUAAUAAUGUUGGAUCCUUCAAGUGUCACUGUAAAGACGGUUAUGAACUCACUUCUGAUGACAAGAACUGUAGAGAUAUUAAUGAGUGUCUAAAGAGUCCAGGGACGUGUGCUCCAGGAUCAUGUCUGAAUCUGGAUGGAUCUUUCACAUGUGUCUGUCCCGAAGGUUUUAUUACCCACAAUCAUCUCUGUGUAGAUGUGAAUGAGUGUUCAGAGGACUCGGCGGUUUGUCUGUAUGGCUCUUGUUUUAAUACUUUAGGAAGUUUUGAAUGUGUAUGUAAACCUGGAUUUGUGCUGUCAGAAGAUAAACGUCACUGUUAUGACACUAGAGAGAGUUUCUGUUUCACACACUUUGAGAUGGGCAGAUGUUCAGUACCGCAAGCCUUUAACAGCAGCAAAGCUAAGUGCUGCUGCAGCAUCAUGACCAAAGAGGGCUGGGGUGACCCAUGUGAACUCUGUCCUAAAGAACAGGAUGCUGGAUUUCUGGACCUGUGUCCGUUUGGUCAUGGCAUCAUUCCUGGGGUCGGUGACACACGUGUUGACAUAAAUGAGUGUGUGGAGAACCCUGAGGUGUGUGUGAACGGUCACUGUAUUAACACGGAUGGAUCUUUCCGCUGUGAAUGUCCUGCCGGAUACACACUCGACUACACAGGAACACGCUGUGACGAUAUGGAUGAAUGUUCAGUGGGAAACCUGUGUGGAAACGGCACAUGCUCAAAUGUGUUUGGAGGAUUCGAGUGUCUAUGUGAGGAAGGAUUUGAGCCUGGACCAAUGAUGAGCUGUGAAGAUGUGAAUGAAUGUGCUCAGAAUCCCUUGCUCUGUGCGUUUCGCUGCAUUAAUACUUUCGGCUCAUAUGAAUGCGGCUGUCCGUCCGGUUACACGCUGAGAGAAGACAGACGCAUGUGUCAAGAUGUAGAUGAGUGUACAGAAGAUCUUCAUGACUGUGACUCCAGAGAAAUGAAGUGUAAAAAUUUAAUCGGCACCUUCAUGUGUGUUUGUCCUGUGGGAAUGAUCCGCAGAAUGAAUGAUGAGAUGAAAAUGAAUGUCUUACUCAACCCGGGGUCUGUGAGAAUGGCAGAUGUGUUAACACUGUCGGCAGCUACACGUGUGAGUGCAACACAGGGUUCAAACCUGACACAACUGCGACUCAAUGCCUCGACUACAGGCAAGGGUUUUGUUUCACUGACGUUCUCCACAAGAUGUGUCAGAUGUCAUCCAGGAGUCUCACACCUGUCAGCAGAUCUCAGUGUUGUUGUAAUGGAGGUCAGGGAUGGGGAAACCAAUGUGAACUGUGUCCUCUGCCUGAUACCAGCAGCUAUAAGAGACUCUGUCCGUAUGGAGCGGGCUAUACUACAGACGGAGCAGAUAUUGAUGAAUGUAAAGUCAUUCCAGAUGUUUGUGUGAAUGGCAGAUGUAUGAACAUCAUGGGCUCAUACAGAUGUCACUGUAAACCAGGAUUCAUCUCAACUACUGCAGGGACUGCGUGUGUUGAUGUGGAUGAAUGCGGGAUGUCCCCAAAACCCUGUAACUUCAUCUGUCAGAACACAGAAGGCAGCUACAUGUGUUCAUGUCCACGUGGUUAUACGCUUCAGGACGACAGCAGGACGUGUCGAG